AUGGCGGCGAUAGCGGCACUGUGCCGGAAGGCAAAGGACUACGUGAAGACCAAGGAGUUCCGGGAUUAUGUGACCAGCACACACUUUUGGGGUCCCAUGGCCAACUGGGGCCUACCGCUGGCUGCCUUUAGGGACAUGAAGGAGUCUCCGGACAUCAUCAGCGGCCGCAUGACGACAGCGCUCAUCCUCUACUCGAUGGCCUUCAUGCGCUUUGCUUACCGCGUACAGCCUCGCAACUUGCUGCUGAUGGCCUGUCACGGCACCAACGUGGUGGCGCAGAGUAUGCAGGCGAGCCGCUACCUCAUCUACUAUUACGGCGGGGGCGCUGAGAAGACCACUGCUGUUGCCACCCCGGCUGCCACCACCGACACCGCCGACACCGCCGUCGCUGUCACCACCGCCAUCGACGACGACACCACAGCCUGUGAGUGA